AUGAUUAUACCCCUAGAGCUCAUAGUGCUCAUUGCCGAAAAACUUGCCCAUCGCCUCGCCCAGACUUCCCCAUUUCUUGCAACCACAGAUGAUGCUGAGUGGGCGGAUCUAGAGGUGCAUCGCCUGGCUCUCAUCAACCUGGCAGGGUCAUGUAAAGCUGUCCAUCACAACAUUCGACACCUACUAUACACAACUCUCGACAUUUGCAACCCACUCCGUUUAACUAGGGCCUUGACCGACAUCCUCAAAUAUCCGCAGGUCGGGCCGUCCAUCCGUCACAUUUAUUGUGCCACCCCAUUGGACUUGGACGCUUCACGCAAAGGAUCUCGGGGGUCUUCGUUCCGGAAGCGGAUGGAGCGAACGGAAGACAUUGCAUGGGUUGAGGAUACCCUUAAGCAACGCGGUUGCUGCCCUCCUUGGUGGCACAACCCUGGAACCACGCAUUGGCUUGUCAAAGACGGAAUCAUAACCUGGAUUCAUCGGGAGGGGUGGAUACGUUUGGAAUAUCUAGAGGUUGCGUUUCUAUCGAUACUACACAUGGCGACAAAACUCGAGUCCCUUGCUUUUCAUCAAGUCGACUCAGGCUGGGAAAGACUUGCAUCUAUGCAAGGAGCCAUGGGUCACCCAAGCUCGCGUGUUAUCGUCACGGCCAAGGAAAGGGCCAAUGAAACGAUCAUGACUUGCGAGAACGAUGAAAGCCAAGGACCACCACGUCUUUUUCUGGGCAACCUCAAGGCGCUUCAAUGUAAUUUCCGUGAACAGAGCCAGUGGCUGCAUCUCGCCGACUCUCUAUUCGGCGGCGGAUAUGAGAACCUGCAAACUCUCAUCCUUGACGGGAUGAGUCUACGAGACAUGAGCGAAUGGUCAGACAAGAUCAAGGUCAAAAACACAAAGAUUGAGCAACUCUAUCUCGGUUCGCGGUUUAAGCGCCAGAUCGCCAGCCCUCUCUUCGCCAAGCAGGAAUGGGUCAGGGGGAGAUGGCUCGUCGGUGGGCCAAGACUGGAGAAUCCCCAGCUGGAGCUUGCAAGGGAAGACGAGGAGGGAUGGAGAUCCAAUAUGGAAGAUCGGAGACGGAGGAAAUCUAAUCUAGGCGGAUUCAAGCAUCUUCGGGUUUUGGAUGUUGUUGUCGAUUCUCCGCCGAAUUUCCCGUCUAGGACCCUUGUGGCGUUAAAGGAUCUUGCGAGUUCGCUAGAGGUUCUCCGGGUCGAGGGGUAUCCAUUCAACCUGUACAUUCCAGAUGACCGCGUGUUUGGCUGA